UCUUAUCGCUUGAUUGGAUAAAAUAAACCAUUUCGAUCUGAGUCAAGUCAGCACUCUGAUCUCGACUACAAUGAACAUAGACACACUAGACGGUCGCCUACUGUUCGCGAUCCCGAAGAAAGGCCGGCUUCAUGAAAAAUGUUUGCAGCUGCUCUCUGGGGCCGAUAUUCAGUUCCGGAAAUCUCACCGCCUCGAUGUGUGUCUUGUAAUGAACCUUCCCAUCGCCCUCAUUUUCCUUCCAGCAGCAGAUAUACCCUCGUUUGUCGGGAAUGGAAACGUUGAUAUUGGUAUCACAGGUCAUGAUGUCGUGCUAGAGGCAGGCAUGCAAAACAAAGUCACCGAGGUCCAAAGGCUUGGGUUCGGUAAAUGCUUACUUCAAGUCCAAGUUCCCGAACACGGCCCGAUCCAGUCUGUGGAGCAACUUGCAGGAAAACGUAUUGUGACAAGUUUCGAAGUCCUCUCCGGCGAAUACUUUAGUAAACUGGACAAUCAGCUGCAGUUGACCGGUGAUCAGAGGACGAAGAUUCAGUAUGUAGGAGGAAGCGUUGAAGUUGCCUGUGCGCUGGGUCUGGCAGAUGGCAUAGUGGACCUAGUAGAAUCAGGUGAAACGAUGCAUGCAGCAGGUCUGCGCGCCAUCUCUACCGUGCUCGAAACCGAGGCUGUCCUAAUCAAAUCAAACACACCUUCCCGAGCCGAUCUUACUCCCCGCAUCGACUUGGUUGCAAGCCGUAUAGCGGGCGUAGUUGCUGCCGAAAAAUACGUGGUGUGCUCGUUUAACAUCUCCAGAGAUGCCCUGCCUCUAGCCGUACAAAUCACGCCGGGCAGAAGAGCGCCGACCAUCAGUCCGCUGGAACAGGAAGGUUGGGUCGACGUAAGCUCGAUGGUGCUGAAGAAGGACUGUGCAAGAGUGAUGGAUGAGCUCGUCAAGAUUGGUGCUCAAGACAUCCUCAUAUUUAACCUGGGCAAUUGUCGGGUUUGACAAACUCCAUUGAAUACCAGGGUAGAAGCGACCGACUCAUGUACUGGUGAACUAGAUACAUACACAUACAACUCCCACUAGUGGCCUGCCACGUCGGUACACACACCGGCUACUUGAAUUUCAAGUUGUAUCUCUGCUUCGUGGAAUUCCACCCCUCGAUUCCCCUGUUGCAGACUUUCAAAUUUCAGCGUCUAACUUGCCAUGAAGUUCACUACGUUCUUGCCAUGCACAUAUUCCACAAUCGUGGUUCCUUGAGCUUGAGGCUUGGUGUAUGAUUUGCAGUGGAACACACGACGUCCCGAAUCACACAAGGAUAAUCGAAAUCGCGUAAAAACAUGCGGUGUAUAUGAUUGUGAUAGGAUCUGAAACUCUGAUUACAUGG